AUGGAUCUCAUCACCCUGCUACUUCCUGUGACAGCCAUGGGCGUGCGCAACCAACUCGCAGCAUGCGCUCGAAGCAGCUUCCAACAACUGCAACCCGGCCCCGUGCUUGUCCUGAUACCACGUGGUAGCAGCAAUCUCGCGUUUGAAUUGCUACAGGAACUGCAUGUCAUUGGACACUGGGCUGUGUUCAUAAGCAGUGCAGAUGGUGUCGUGGUGGAGUCCUCUGAGAAGCCUAGCAACAUUGUCUUGCUGCCUGUUUCGAACCAGACUGAACUAAGGAAUAUAUUGAGGAAAAUGGCUGCAUGGAACUCCCGUGCCAGGUUUCUUAUACUUACGUUCGAAGAGACAAUUUCACGCCUCGCCUUGCGUGAGUUCAGUGAGCUGAAUGCGGUGAAUGCUGUUGUCCUUGUAUUCACUCCCAACAGUCCUAAUGUAAAAGCAUAUACCUGGUUUCCUUACCUACCUCCGGGACAAUGUGGGAAUGAAAAAUUUAAACCAGUGCUUUUAGAUGAAUGUUUGAUGGAAAAUAGUGCAGUUUUCUUUCGAAAUAUGACUCUCUUCCCCCAGAAAGUUCCGUUUGAUUUGAGCGGGUGCCCCAUUAUUGUCAGUACGUUUCCAUGGCCACCAUUUAUUAUAAAGUCACAGGAAAAUAACGAAACAGACAAAGUAUUUUACACUGAAGGUUUGGAGAUAAAACUUAUAAGUAUUAUUGCACAGAGCAUGAACUCAACAAUACAGUAUCUGCCUCCUCCGGCGAAUGAAUCCAAAUGGGGAGGUCGAACUCCAUCGGGUACGUGGAACGGGCUACUGGGUGAGGUGUUCUACAAGAGAGCCGACGUGGCGUUCGCCUCCAUGACGGCGACGGAUGAAAGAAGGCAGCUCUUGGAGACGACGGUCAGGUACUGGAGCAACUCGGUUGUGUGGGUCAUACCGCGACCGAAGUUCAUCUCAGGCUGGAGGAAUCUCCUUGGGAUCUUCAAGCCGAUGAUGUGGGGGAUCGUGGCACUGGCGUACCUACUAGGCUCCGCUUUUCUCUGCACCCUCGGUCGCACAGUGCGUCAUCCGAUGGAGCCAGCAUUGUAUCGAAACCCAGGCAGCUGCAUGAUGGCCACCUGGGCUCUGUCCUUAGAGAUAGGAGCACACGUGCAUCCACGCGGGCUACUAAUGAGGCUGGUAUUCAUCUGUUGGGUGAUUUACUGCCUUCAGAUCAGUACAGCCUACAAGUCCUCCCUCAUCAGUUUCCUGACUAAUCCCCGCUUUGAGCCUGCAAUCUCGAACAUGAAACAGCUGGUGAAGUCCCAUCUGGGGUUUGAGUACACAGUCGGUCUGGCAGAGUACUUUGAUGACCCUGCGGAUUCCAGCAUGAGGCGGAUUCGCAAUUCUCUGCGAUUUUGUCACAAUAUCACGGACUGUCUGAACAAAGUUGCGGUGAGUGCAGACAUAGCCCUUGUGUCCGACAAGUGGUACGUGGAGUACCUCAUUCCCCAGCUGUACCUGGACAGCAGUGGCCAGCCUCUAUUGCAGACACUGCCGCAGGAAGUGCUGAGUUACCAUGUCGUCAUGGUCCUCUCUAGAGGAAAUAUCCUUCUGGACCGCUUCAAUGAGCUCAUAUCCCGAGUUGUUGAAUGCGGCUUAAUGGAAAAGUGGGCGAAAGACAUUAGGCGCACGCGUAGGUUAGGGCCGAUGUCCCAGGGCGGUGCAGGAGAGCGCAGGCUCGGUAUUUCGCAUUUGCAAAGUGUGUUCGUCUUUCUGCUACUUGGAGAAAGUGUAGCUCUGGUGACGCUGAUAAUUGAAAUGAUGAUUCCCAAAGAACACUGA